GAGGAGCACAGAAGAAAAAGGAAUUUUAAAGCUGAAGAUGAAGAUUUCAUGGACAUCAUGUUAUCCUUAUUUGAUGGUGCUUCUAAUAAUCAAAGUCUUCCUAAUGGAUAUGAUACUGAUGUUGUUAUCAAAUCUACUUGCCUGAGCGUCUUGACUGGAGCCGCAGACACAAGUAUUGUAACAUUGACAUGGGCUCUCUGCUUAAUACUAAAUAAUUACAAUGUGUUGGAGAGAAUUCAAGAUGAGCUAAACACCCAUGUUGGAAAGCAAAGAUGGGUCGAGGAAUCUGACCUAAAACAAUUGAUUUACCUACAAGCUGUCAUUAAAGAAACAUUGCGUUUAUAUCCGGCAGCCCCACUUGGGGUACCACAUGAAGCCAUAGAAGAUUGCACUAUCAAUGGUUACCACAUCCAGAAGGGUACACGAAUAUUGCUUAACAUUGCAAAGAUCCAUCGUGAUCCAAUAGUGUGGGUGGAGCCAGAUAAGUUUAAACCUGAGAGAUUUUUAACUAGUCACAAAGAUAUUGACGUUAAGGGUAAUAAUUUCGAGUUGAUUCCAUUUAGUAGUGGACGAAGGAUAUGUCCGGGAAUUUCUCUAGGGUUACCAACUAUUCAAUUGACACUGGCUAGCCUAUUUCACAGCUUUGAUAUGAGAAGGUUGUCAAAUGAGCCAAUUGAGAUGACUGAAAGUAGUGGAAUGACUAAUAUCAAAGCCACUCCAGUACAAGCCCUCCUCAUACCACGCUUGGCUUCUAAUUUAUAUGGUUGAACAUAUAAGAAAGAAAUAUGAUAAUUUUAGUCCUCGAUUGUAAUUAUGUUAGAAAGAAAUAUGAUAGUUUUAGUCACUCGAUUGUAAUUAUGCUUUAAAUUUAGUCUCUUAUUUA